AUGGCCGCCCCAAGCAAAAGUAUCGGUCGCAAGACGACAUCGACCAAGAAUCUGGGCCAUGUGCUCAUCACCGGAGGAUGCGGCGGACUGGGUACACAGAUCAUCAACCUCCUGCUCGAGCGCAAGGCAUGCACCAAGCUCUCAGCUAUGGACUUGCGACCUGCCGCCGAGCCUAUCCAAGGAUGCGAGUAUCACUUUGGAGACCUGACCAGCGAGGGUGCCAUGCGCGAGCUCUUCGUCAAGAUCAAGCCCGACAUUGUGAUCCACACUGCCAGCCCCAAGUUCAACAUGGCCAACGAGAUCUUGUACAAGGUCAACGUCGACGGAACCAAGACCCUCCUCCGUGUGGCGUCCGAGACUGGUGUCAAGGCCUUUGUCUACACUAGUAGUGCCAGUGUCAUCAGCGACAGUGCGACCGACCUGAUCAAUGCCGAUGAGACAUACNCCCUCGUUACUGGCAAGGAGCAGCCCGACUACUACACCAACACAAAGGCUCUUGCCGAGAAGUCCGUCCUCGAAUACAACCGUCCUGCUUCGAACCCUCGUUUUCUCACCUGCGCUCUUCGUCCCUCUGGUAUCUUUGGUGUCAACGACCAGACUCUUCUUCCUCCUCUGCUUGCAGCAUACUACAAGGGCCAGACCAAGUUCCAGCUUGGCGACAACACCAACCUCUUCGAUUUCACCGAGGCUACCAAUGUCGCUCACGCACACCACUUGGCAGCGGCUGCUCUCCUGACGACCUAUGAGCGCGAAGAAGCAGGACAGAUUGCUCCCUUGAGCCACGAGAAGGUGGACGGUGAGUCAUUCUUCAUCACAAACGACUCGCCCAUGUACUUCUGGGACUUUACUCGCACUGCUUGGAAGGAAUGUGGUGACACAACUAUGCCCAGUCAGGUCUGGACAAUCCCCAAGGACUUUGGACUGUUCAUCGCAACCCUCUUCGAGUACAUUUUCUGGAUCUUCCAGCUUGAGNUGCCAAACUUGACCAGACAANAGGUCAAGUACAGCUGCAUGACAAGAUAUUACAGCAUUGAGAAGGCCAAGAGAAGAUUGGGUUACAGACCAGUUGUCGGCGUUACCGAGGGACUCAAGAGAGGAGUGGCAGACGCUGUGAGAAGGGGAGCGAUACCUGGCAGCCCUGAAGAGGCGCAGCGCCUGAGUGCAGAGUCCAAGAAGGCUCAGUAG